AUGGUCAUUACGGCCAUGCGCACGACGCCAGACGCUUACCCAUGGCCACCAAGGUCCUUGAGCGCCGGCAGCCGGCUCACAUGGGCUUUCGUCAUCGUCCUAUAUAUCUUUAUCGCUACUGUUGAAGCCAUCUCGCCAGGAGAGCUCUUUGCGCUACGGAAGGAGACCGAAGACCUUUUUUACCAUGGCUACGAGAACUACAUGAACCAUGCCUUCCCAGAGGACGAAUUGCGCCCGCUAACGUGCAAGCCCCUGACCCGCGAUAGAGAGAACCCGGGUCACUUCGAGAUCAACGAUGCCUUGGGCAAUUACUCGCUCACAUUGAUCGACAGCCUCUCCACGCUUGCCGUCCUUGCCUCCUCCCCCUCUAGCUCAAAGCGCAAUAAGCCACUGCUGCUGUUCCAGGACGGGGUACAGCGGCUGGUGGAACAGUAUGGUGAUGGUACAGACGGGCGCAGGGGAACAGGCUUGCGGGCAAAGGGCUUCGACCUCGACAGUAAGGUUCAGGUAUUUGAGACUGCCAUACGAGGCCUUGGUGGCUUGUUGAGUGCACAUCUGUUCGCCGUGGGCGAUCUCCCGAUCCGUGGCUACUCUCCGCCACCUGAAGAGGCCCAAUAUGCCAGGGCCUGGCAAUCUACUUCGUCUAAGCCCGGGUCAGGCAUAAAAUGGAAGAAUGGCUUAGAGUACGACGGUCAACUCCUUCGCCUCGCUCACGACUUGGGCCAACGACUGCUUCCUGCAUUCUGGACACAGACGGGCAUUCCGUACCCCAGAGUCAACCUAAGAUCAGGCAUUCCUUUCUAUGCCAAAUCGCCACUCAACUUCGAUCCAGCAGACGGCCAGUGCGAACUCACACAGCAGAGCUCCGGAGAGAUUACCGAGACUUGCAGUGCUGGAGCGGGUAGUCUGGUCGUUGAAUUCACCGUGCUAAGCAGGUUGACAGGCGACCCAAGGUUUGAAGAGCUGGCGAAGCGCGCCUUCUGGGCCAUCUGGAAUCGAAGAAGCGCAAUUGGUUUGAUUGGCGCUGGCAUCGAUGCAGAGACUGGAAACUGGGUUAGUCCCUGGACCGGUAUUGGAGCCGGCAUUGACAGUUUCUUCGAGUAUGCUUUCAAAUCGUUUGUCCUCUUGUCCAGAGACUCACAUCCGGUAUACAAAGAUGUUGAAUAUGUAAAGGAUCCUCGAAUACUCUUCGGAACGCUAUUACCUGAGGAGGAUAGUCCGGCGAGCUUCUACGAAGCAUGGUCUGAUGCUCAAGCUGCUGUGAAGAGGCACAUUUAUCGCGGAUCGAAUUAUCAACAUCCGCACUAUAUUCAGGUCGACCUCCACACGGGCGCCGCCAGAGGCUUUUGGAUCGACGCCCUCAGCGCUUUCUAUCCUGGCGUACUUGCUUUAGCGGGCCAGAUUGAGGAGGCCAUUGAGACCCACCUGCUCCAAACCGCCCUCUGGACACGCUUCUCAGCUCUUCCUGAGAGAUGGAAUCUGAUGACUGGCGGCAUCGAAGGUGGCCUGAGCUGGUGGGUCGGACGGCCCGAAUUCAUCGAGUCGAACUAUCAUAUCUAUCGAGCAACCGAAGACCCCUGGUAUCUGUAUGUCGCAGAGAUGACAUUGCGCGACAUUAAACGCCGAUGCUGGGCUCGCUGCGGCUGGGCGAGCAUUCAGAAUGUUCUCACGGGCGAACAGACCGAUCGCAUGGAGAGCUUCUUCCUUGGAGAAACGGCCAAAUAUCUGUUUCUGACCUUCGAUCCUGACCAUCCCUUGAAUCACCUGGAUGAACCCAUGGUCUUUAGUACUGAAGGUCAUCCCCUUCUUAUUCCACGUCACGUCGGAGGCGGAAGCGAGCAAGGGGAGCUUUACUCAAGACCCUUGACUGAGCCUGGUCAGUGUCCUAUCAAGCAAAAACCACUUCCUUUCAGCAUUUCAGCAACGGCCGCGAGAGGAGACGUCUACAACGCCGCAUACCUUGCUCGAUUACACAUGAUGCCUACCAGGGAUAACAUCGAGUCCGUGCUUGGAGAGUACGCAACAGACCAUCCAGCCAUCAAUCUGGCAGAUCUGAGCUCACCUUCUAACUAUACGUACUUUCCUUGGACGCUUCCGCCCUCACUAGUUCCAUACAAUGCGACUACAGCCCUACUGCCGACUAAGCCAACGUUUGACAUAUCAUUCCCGCAGUUGGCGAACCAAGGACUACAGCCAUCGCCGCCACUGCAGCGGCUGAAAGAAGGCAUACUCAUUAACCAUAUUGGCGGCCUCAAGUUGGGCAUGAUUCAAGAUGUUCCUUCUUUUGAUGAGCAAGAGGAGGGUGAAGCCUUCCGCAUUCAGGCCAUCAACAACUUAGCCCUCGGCAAGGACGAGAAGGUAUACCUUUCGCGCGAAACAGGACAGGGCGUACUCAGCCCAUCAGAUCCUAACUUCACCCGCAUCCGCGACACAGUCAUGCUUGACCUCGUCGUUGACGUCAACACCGCACCAGUCAAGAACACAACAUCCUCCGACCCCUUAUCCAUCGACCUCUCCGACCUAGUCGGCGACAUCUCUGACUCAGCCGUCAAGUCCGCCUGGGGCGCUCUCGUCAACAAGCUCUCCAGCAUCAUGGACUCGAGCUCCUUCCCCUUUCCCAUCCCCUCCUCAGCCAACGACGCCGCCGCCGCCCUCACCUUUUCCUCCAAUUCCGGCCGCAAAGUCAUCCCCGCCAUCACCGCCACCGGUCUGGGCGCCGCACCCAUUCCCGCCUGGCCCGACGUCCCCGCCACACUGGACCCCAAAGCCGACCUCGCACCGCAACAGCUCCCCUGGACCCGCAUCCUCACGGCCGGCGACCUCUGCACGCACAAACUCCCCCUCUCCGCGCCCCGCGAACACCAAAUCCUGCUCGUCAAGCGCGGCGGCUGCGCCUUUGCGCAGAAACUCGCCAAUAUCCCGCUCUUUGCGCCCUCGCCGUCGUCGCUGCAGCUCGUCGUCGUGGUCAGUUACGGCAACGACGCCGAAUCAGGCGGCGCAGGUGAUGAGGAGGAUGUGUUGAUCCGCCCGCUGUUGGAGGCGCGGCAGGUCAGCAGCACGGGCGUGGAUCGCAGGGAGGGGAUCCCGCUGGUCAUGGUGGGUGGGGGCGAGGAGGUGUACCAGCGCCUCAAGUCCGCAAGGGGAGUGGGGGUCAGGAGGAGGUGGGAGGUGAGGGUUGGGGGCGUCAAGGUUGAUAAUCUGAUUAUCUUGUGA